UACAGCCAUCAGGUACUACGCAAAGACGGAAAGGAUCCAGGAGAAAAUGGCAGUAAACAGACAAGAGCUUCAGCGCAUUCUCUCCGAAUUGUCGGUGAAGAUUCGAGUAGACGAGGAGGACUUGAAGAAAUCAAGAAGAACAAUGGAGGGUGUCACCCAGACACUGCUUAAAGGCUUACAAAUGCAACAUGGCAUCGUCCGUAAUUUUCAAUACACCGGAAGCUCAUAUGAAGGCACCAAGAUUAUACAAGCUGACGAGUUUGACGUGAUGGUUCUACUGAAUGGAAAUAUGGAAGGAGGUCUGCAGAUUGAAACUAGGACGCCAGGUUACGCAACCUUGCAACCGAAGAAACCAUCGGCGGCUAUAUAUUCAGAUUUUUUGGAUUGCGACCAUAGGUUUUUGAGUCCGGAAAAAGUGAGGCAGCGGUUCACAGGAAUGGUGCAGACACAGCUGAAUAAGCUGAACUUCCCUGUACCAGUGAAACUGUUGGCUCACGGACCGGCUGUCAUGCUCAGGAUACAAGACAAACACCAUAUCGUCGAGGUGGAUUUAGUCCCAACGUUUGUUGUAGACGACCAGUUCUAUGUGGCCAAACCAUACAAGAGUUACGCUGACAACCCAGAACGCAGUAUUGGCGGGGUCUCUACCUCCCUAUUCUGGCGUCAAUUCACAUCCCUUGACGAGAAGAGCAUGUUAUCAACAAUUGAUCGCGACCAGGGCUGCCGACGUAAAUGUUUGAAGAUCCUGAAGUACAUGCGAACUAGGGAUGCCACGCUGAGUUGCCUGACCUCAUUUCAUUUCAAGAACCUUGUGCUGCAUCAUGCCGCCGACGGGGACUGGAGGGACGCCAAUAUGGCGGAAAGGUUCCUGGAUUUGUUGCAGAGCUUGUGUACUUGUCUAGAUGGCGGUAACCUGAAGCAUUACUUCAUAUCCCCAGUCAACUUGCUAGACGGGUUCGGUGCGAACGUCAUCGCCAACCCCAAAGGACGCGUAAGACGGCUGACGAGCAGUGACCAGGCAAUUCGACAACUUCUACAGUAGGUGAGCUGGGUUCAGCACUCCAGGCACGAUGUCAACAGAAAUUAUGUUAGGAUGUCACGUGUGUUUCACAUACUGUAUCACCACACCACGAGCUUACAGUGUGUUACGGGAGAACAGAUCACGGGUUGACGUCAAUAUCAAAUCAAGAUAGGCCUGACGUGUUAUAUAUAGUGGUCUUAAAUAAACUUCAGAUGGUGUUUCUUCAACUUGUGCCUCUCCAAUAGCACUAGCAAAGCAGACUUGACAGGUUAAAUUUAUGCUACCAGAGUCAGCAAUGGCUGGACAGUUUGGUUAGGAAUUACAGCAGUUUGCUUAAAGAUAUAGGCCUCCUAAAGCCCAGAAAUACCGUUUUCUGUCCAGAUAUAAAUAAUAUUAAUUAAUACCAUAUAUCUUACUGUUUACGUGCAAUUUAUUAACCAAAUAAAAAUGAAUAAAAUUAUAGUCUGACUUGUAUGGACAGGUGCUAAUAAUCUAAGGACGAAUCUAACGCCAGGAAGUGUCUGCUACCAGCUGACACAAAUGGAUUUGGAUAUCCGGAUAUCUUUCUUUGGUCAACCAGACAGACUGAGAGACAGACAAGCAGACAAGCCAACAGAAAUAACGUGUUGAACCGACUGACAGCCCAAAAACAUGACACCCACACUAGAUAGACAAACAAGCCAACAGAGAUAGCGUGCUGGACUGACAGGUACUCAAAAAGUUGGCAUCCAUACCAGAUGAACAGACAAGCCAACAGGAGCAACGUGAUAGACAGGCAGUAUACAAAACAUGACACUGAUACCAGAUAGACAGAAAAGCCAACAGGGACAACGUGAUGGACAGGCCGUUUACAAACCAGACAUCCAUAUCAGACAGACAGAAAAGCCAGCAGAGAUAACGUGUUGGACGGACAGAGGGACAAGCCAACGUAGAUAACGUGUUGGACCAAUAGGCAGUACACAAAGCCUGACAUCCAUGCCAGACAGACAGACAAGCCAACAGAGAUAACGUGUUGGACCGACAUGGUUAUUGCCAAACUCUGAAUGGGAAAAAUUUUAAUGAUUUCAUCAGAGUAAAGCUCUGACUUGAUUCUCAGACUAUACUGCAACUAACAAUUGGUUCCUUCAAUGAGUAUCUGAACAUGAUGUACCGGUAUCC